UAUAGGACGGCGAGGGAUUGGCCAAAGGGAAAUGUCAGCAGCUGGGGAACCGGCUGCCCUAGUCGCGGUGACACGGAGAGAGCCGGGCCCCAGGAGAACUGUCGGCGGUUGUUGUGGCGCAGUUUGAAACCCCGCUUCGGACCUGGGCCGUCGGUCGCUGAGCCAGGCGCCCGGGGCAGCAGCCGCAGCCGGGGGAGGAUGGAGACAGACAGAAUCUGGCCGUGGCUCCGGUGCUGAGACAGUGGCUAAGCCCCAGUUAUGAUCCAAGUGAGCUGCAUUGGCUGGUUAGAGUGAAUAUAUAAUAAUGAGUGGAGCAGCUUUGGGUAUCGAGAUAAUAUUUGUCUUUUUUCUGGCUUUAUUCAUACUUCAUCGGUAUGGAGACUUCAAGAAACAACAUAGACUUGUGAUCAUAGCAACACUGCUGGCUUGGUAUCUCUGCUUUCUUAUAGUAUUUAUAUUGCCUCUGGAUGUUAGUACGACUAUAUACAAUCGAUGCAAACUUGCUGUUAACUCCAGCCCGCCAGAAAGCAGCAGUAACAUCAUCAUCAUCAAUGGAUCUUACCCUAGUUCUGCUCCAAGAAAACAUAUAUGUUCGAAACCAUGGAGUUAUAUCCCUGAUGGAAUUAUGCCAAUCUUUUGGCGUGUAGUAUACUGGACAUCACAAUUCUUAACUUGGAUACUCUUACCUUUCAUGCAGUCGUAUGCUAGAUCAGGAGGGUUCUCCAUUACUGGAAAGAUUAAAACUGCAUUGAUUGAGAAUGCAAUCUAUUAUGGCACUUACUUGCUGAUUUUUGGAGCAUUUUUAAUAUACGUGGCUGUAAAUCCAAAUUUCAAUCUACAAUGGAACCAGCUUCAGACAAUUGGGAUAGCAGCUGCCAACACAUGGGGUCUUUUCCUUCUUGUGUUGUUGUUGGGGUAUGGUUUGGUGGAAAUUCCACGUUCUCACUGGAAUGGAGCAAAAAGGGGGUACCUUCUUAUGAAGACUUAUUUCAAGGUUGCCAAACUGAUGACUGAAAAAGCAGAUGCAGAGGAGAGCUUAGAGGAUAUUAUGGAGGAGGUCCGUAAAGUGAAUGAGAGUAUCAAGUAUAAUCACCCUUUGAGAAAAUGUGUUGAUACCAUAUUGAAAAAGUGUCCUACUGAAUACCAGGAAAGAAUGGGUAGGAACAUGGAUGACUAUGAAGACUUUGAUGACAGGCAAAACAACUAUCCAAGUGAGAAAAGUCUGGUCAAACUUCACAAACAGGUAAUUUAUUCAGUUCAGAGACACCGUCGUACGCAGGUGCAGUGGCGAAUUCUUUUAGAACAAGCAUUCUACUUGGAGGAUGUGGCGAAAAAUGAAACCAGUGCAACUCGUCAGUUUGUUCAUACUUUUCAGUUCCAAGAAUCUGAAAACAGAAUUAACCGAUAUUUCUACACACCAACUGUUGAAUGGUACUGGGAAUGUCUCCUUCGGCCAUGGUUUUACAGAAUUCUUGCUGUUGUUUUGGCCACAUUCUCUGUAAUUGUUGUGUGGUCAGAGUGCACAUUUUUCAGCACUAAACCAGUUCUGUCCUUGUUUGCUGUCUUCAUACAACUGGCAGAAAGAACGUACAACUAUAUGUGCAUAGAGAUGGCUUGCUUCCUUACUAUCUUCUUCUUAAGUAUCUGUGUUUACUCAACUGUCUUCAGGAUUCGUGUAUUUAAUUAUUAUUAUUUAGCUUCGCACCAUCAGACUGAUGCAUACAGUCUCCUUUUCAGUGGCAUGUUAUUCUGCCGUUUAACUCCUCCGCUGUGUCUGAAUUUCUUGGGUUUGACUCACAUGGAUUCAUCAAUCUCUCACAAAAACACUCAGGCAACUGCAUAUACAUCAAUAAUGGGCUCCAUGAGAGUGUUGUCUUUCAUUGCAGAUGGGUUUUAUAUAUAUUAUCCCAUGCUGGUUGUCAUUCUCUGUAUUGCCACUUACUUCAGCUUAGGAACUCGUUGUUUGAAUCUGCUGGGGUUCCAACAGUUCAUGGGAGACAAUGAAAUGACCUCUGACUUUAUUGAUGAAGGAAAGGAGUUAAUAAGAAGAGAGAAAAGAAAACGGCAAAGGCAGGAAGAAGGUGAAAAUAGAAGAAGGGAAUGGAAAGAGCGAUAUGGAAACAGCCGAGAAGAUUCCACUAGAAAUAGAAAUGUUCACUCAGACCAAAAAGAAUCUAGUUUCUCAGAGACCAACGCAAGCAGACCCGUGUCUAAGUAUAUCAGGUCAAAUGGCAGGACCGAAAGGGAUAGAAUAGAACUCCUCCAAGAUGCGGAACCUUUGGAUUUUAAUGCGGAUUCAGUUAGUGAUGAUCCUCUUGAUCAUCCUCUUGACUCAGGAAGGUAUCAGCCUGGUGGAAGGUAUUUAUCAAUGUCACGAAGCCGAAUAUUUGAUGAUGUCUAAUCCCUUCAUAGCUUAUGAAAACUUAAUAGAAAUCAAAGUCUGCUACUCUUUAUUUGAAAAACACUGUAACAUUUCUGAACCAAAAAAGACCUUUUCUUUAAUAAAAAAAAUUGUGGAAAAUAAAGGAACAAUAAUAGUUAGAAA